UGUUGCUCCGCACGCUCAUCGCGUUGCUAACCGGAAGCUGAACAAUCUACUUCCUUGUUACGAAGGUCGACCUGUCUCCACGUGAAUUAACCAAAGUGUUCAAAACGGAUUCUGACGAGGACGUGAUAUUUGUACGUGAAAGUACUGCACCAGCAUCCAGGAAGAUCGCCAUUGAUCAGGUGAAGAGAUUUGCUCUCCAAAAAGACAUUGAUCAAGAAUCUCUACCUAAGCAGCAUUGUGAGAAAAACCCACGGAGUUCUUCUGUAAACACAUCAAACGACGAGAAAAUGAAGGUUGAGGACGAGGCCGAUGAGAAUCUUCAGAAGAAUAAGAAACACAAAAAAGAACAAACGUCACCUUGUAAAAUCAAAAACGCCACUGUUGACUACAAGAAAAAGAAUAAAGUAAAAAAAGAGAACUGGACAAUGGAAGCAGAGGAGUGUUUGGAUGGAGUGGGCGACUUGCAAGAGAAGAAGAAAAAAAAGAAAUCUGUCACUGACUCUUGGAAUCCGGAAAAUGGUUCUGAUGUUUUGGAUGGAAAUAAUGAAAAAAGGAACAAACAGAAGAUUAAAAAGAAAGAGACGGCUGACAAACAAAUGGGAACUACACCAGGACCAGUCAAAAAAGAGAAAACAAGUCCAGAGAAAAAGUUGAAGAAUAAAACUAAACAUGAAAAAGUUUUAGUAAAGGAAGAUGGCUUGGCAAAGAAAGACAAAAAUAAACGUAUUCAAACAGACGGUUCUGACAUUUCCGAUGACACAAAAGAUAUUAAAAAGAAAGAGUGGUUCCAACAUGAAGAGCCAAAGAGUGAGAAGAAGAACAAUAACAAGCUAAAAGAUAGGGCGACACAAAUGAAAAAUGAACAUGUAAAGAUGGAGGAAGAAGUAGAGAAGAUGCCUAAAAAAGUAAAAAAAGACAAAAAUAAACGUAUUCAAACAAACGGCUUUGAAAUGUCCGAUGAAAAAGAAGAUAUUAAAAAGAAAGAGUGGCUCCAACAAGAAGAGCCAAAGACUGAGAAAAAGAAAAAGAACAAGAAGGUAAAGGAUAAGGGGACACAAAUGAAACAUGAACAUGUAAAGAUGGAGGAGGAAGAAGAAAAGGUGUCCAAGAAAGAGAAAAAUAUGAUGGCAGGUGUGAUUGCAGAAGACCAAAUGAAACACAGGACAAAGAGGAAAAAAGACAAAGCAAAGAAGGAAAUAAUGACAAACGAAAAGAAGAAACAAGUCCAGUUAGCGGAGUGUGCAGUAGCAUCAGACACUCAGGAGGUGGAGGAGCUGAAGCAGAAUAAGAAGAAAAAGAAGAAAGCAGGCAAAGUAGAAGCUGAUGAUGCUGAUAAUGAAGAACCGGCAAAGAACAAGCAAGCUAAGAAAACUCCAAAGACAAAAGCAGAAAAAGGUAAAAGAAAAUAUUCUGGGGUCAGCACAGAAGAAGAAGAGACACAAUCUGCCAAAAAAAAGAAGAAAAAUAAAAAAGUAGAGGAAACCAUGUGUGAAGAAGGUGUAUACACGGAACUAAGCAAGAAAAGCAUAAAGAAGAACAAAAGGAUGAGCUCUGGUAAAAAAAAAAAGGCAAUUAAAGAAGAGGUGGAAGACCAGCUGUUUCAGGAUGCUCCUCAAGUAGAUGUGGUCUUCUUGUCAGCCAGGACUGGAAACGCAGAUGAGGUCACCAUCAAUCAGGAAAGACGACAGGCUUUACAGAUGGAGAUCGACAUGGCCUCACAGCCUGAACCAGCGGACCAGCCAUCAGGGUUUGGUCAGUGGGGCACCGCCCAGUUUGAAAGCUCCCAACAGCAGCAGAAGUUCCUCAGGUUGAUGGGAGGCUUAAAGAAGCCCCCUCCUGCCACUACCAGCACAGCCAAAACAAAUAUGGCACUCUGUAAGGACACGCAGGAGCAUUUACAGCGAGGACUGGUGCAAGAGUUUGAGCGUGCCCACUCGCGCAGAAUGGACCUUAACAGCAGAGGUGCAGGGCUUGGGUUUAGUGCACCGCUCAAUAAGAAAUUCAAUAUUGACAUUAGCGCACGUCGGUCAGUCCGCUUGGAUGACUGAGCGCUGCUGUGUAGGUCUUCUCAAUAUUGUUUUAACUUUGCAGUAUUUUAUGUAAAGCGACAAGCGGUAGAAAAUGGAUAGAUUGAAUAAACCUUGCUUGUAAAUAUA